CAUUUACGCGUAUCUUAUCCAUGUUCACGCGUCAAACCCGUGGCAUACCCAUUGAAUUAAGAAAAGAAAGGCGUAAAUAAAAGUGAGGGAAAAGCAUAUAAUUAAAGAUCUCAUAAUAAUCAACGUCCACAAUUCUACAUCGUGAAGAAAAAAAAGGAGUUAAGGAAUCGAAGAUCACUCAAACUAAAACAAAAGCUACAUUUCUUCAUUAUUCUAUUUCUGGCAUGUUUUACAACCACAAAUCUCUUUCUUCCUACCCAUACCUGAGAAAUUAAUUUAAAUAAAAUAUUUAUUAUUAUGAUGAUGAUUUUGUCAGGACCCAGAAAUUUCAGAACUUGAGAUGCUUUUGGUGCAUUGAGGAUUGAAUAGCAUGUAUUCAGCCACUAUGGAUGAAGGAGAUACCGAGGAUGUGGCUCCUGUUAGUCGAGCAGAGGAUAUUCGUACCCAAGGUAAAGAAAGUGAAAAUUUGGUGGAGAGCUGCAAUGUAUUGGAACCACGGAGGAGGGUUACUUUUAGGGAAGGGGAUAUCCGAAGGAGCUCAGUCCAGCAAUUUGUGGAUAUGUUAGGUGGAAACAAUGACAAUAGUGACGUAAAUGUAGUGGAAAUUCCUCGAGAACCAUGUACAAGUUACCAUGAAAGUGGGGAGGUCAGAGUUCAGGAGCUAUUCCUGGGAGAUCACAGCUCUGGCUUCGGUACAAUGAAUGAGGGUGAGAUUAUGGAUACAAUUCUAAAUGAGUGGCAGCAUGGAUAUCAGCCGGGGACCAGAUCAGAAGCUGAAACUCCACAUGAACAUUUAAUCCACAAGGAGAAAUCCCUCUCAACAUCAGGUGCUUGGAAAGACUCAAGACCUGCCAAUGUGUUGGCUGGGCAAGAAAUUAGUCAUAAUGCCAAUCUAUGCCCUGAUGAGACUACUCAAAAUGAAAGUGAUGCAGUUUUGCGGCAUGCUUUUUCAUCUGGGGCUAUGAGAAUGAAGAUUUUAUCCAGAUCUUCUGAAUGUCCAGAAUAUUUUGUUAGGAAUACAUUAAAGGGUAAAGGGGUCGUAUGUAGAGGACCAGUUUCUGCUGCAGUUGAAUUCAGGGGCCAAAAAAUUGCGAAGGCGACUGCUGCUGCUGCUGCUGCACCCAUUGCAGCCUCUAAUCUGCCGGUAAAUAUGGGACUAACUUCCAAUCCACCAGUUAAUAUGGGACCAAAAUCUCCUUUUCCAUCUAAUUGCGGAGUUGCUACUUCUGCUGGUCGUGAAUCUGUGAAUGAUGGCAUGAAUUUUAUGGAGUGGAUGAGAUCAAGGCCAAAUAAACCGCAUAAAGUUGAUAGUUUAUAUGCAUUUAAGCAGAUUUUAGAGCUGGUGUAUUCUCUUCACUCGGAUGGCAAGGUCUUGGCAGAUUUGCGCCCAUCUUCUUUCAGGCUGUUGCCACCCAGAAAGAUUGAGUAUUUUGGGUGCAUACGUGCACAGAAGGAAAUGCAGGGGAAUAUAAUUGGUAAGGAUGUUCUGAAGUCACAGACUCUGAAAAGACCAUUAGAGCUGGGUAUGUCAGCCCAGUCUUACUCGGGUGUGAAGCACCAGAAAUCUAUUGAUAAUGCAAACUUUUUCAAGAUGAAGUCACAGUUUCAAUUAGGAUAUGGCCCUAAACCAAUAACAAAUAAAAUUGAUGCCAAUCUUGCUGGUCCAGGAGUAUCUAAGACCUCAAGCAGGCUACAUCUGCUACCUUCAGCACAGCCGGCACUUUCUGUAAAUGAACAACAAGAAGAGAAUUGGUAUAGAAGUCCUGAGGAGCUAUGUGGCAGGGACUGCACAACCUCAUCAAACAUCUACAGUCUUGGGGUCUUCUUUUUUGAGUUACUUAGCAGUUUUGACUCUGGGAAAGUGCAAGCUACGGCGAUGUCUGAUCUGCGUCAUAGAAUUCUUCCUCCCAACUUUUUAUCGGCAAACCCAAAGGAAGCUGGGUUUUGUUUGUGGCUGCUUCAUCCUGAACCUUCACUUCGGCCUACAGCCAGAGAUAUUUUACAAUCAGAAGUCGUGAGUGAAGUACAAGCAUUGUGUGGGGAUGAAAAAUUGUCAUCUAUUCAUCAAGAUGAAGGUGAAUCUGAGCUGUUAUUGCACUUUCUUUUGUCUGUGAAAGAUCAGAAGCAAAAGCGUGCCUCGAAAUUGGUUGAAGAUCUUGGGUGCAUAGAUUCAGAUAUCAAAGAACUAGAAAAGAGGCACCUGUUGAAGAAAUCCACGACUGCAACUUGCUCAGGAGAGGGAUUUCUCUAUGCAAGAGAAAGAGGUUUCCUAUACCAUGGAGACGGGCAUUCUACCCCUGUUUUUGAUGGAGGAGAUUCAAGGUUCAUGAAGAAUGUUUCUCAGCUGGAAAGUGCUUACUUUUCAGCACAAUCCCAAAUUCAUGAAUCUGUUAGUGAUACCGUGGUUCGUGCAGACAGGGAAAUUCUCAAAAGUAGAGAGAAAUGGUAUUCAGAUCAACACGAUGAAGACAUACAGGAACCCUUGGAUGACCAAGGAGCUUUCUUUGAUGGUCUAUGCAAGUAUGCUCGUUACAGCAAGCUCAAACUUUGUGGGACUUUAAGAAAUAGGGAUAUAAUUACUAACUCUACUAAUGUUGUCUGCUCUCUGAGUUUUGACCGAGAUGAGGACUACUUUGCCGCAGCUGGAGUAUCAAAGAAAAUAAAGAUUUUUGAUUAUCAGGCAAUUUAUGACAAUUCUGUUGACAUUCAUUAUCCUGUUAUUGAGAUGUCAAACAAAUCAAAGCUCAGUUGUGUCUGCUGGAACAAUUAUAUCAGAAAUUAUUUGGCUUCAACAGAUUACGACGGUAUUGUCAAGUUGUGGGAUGCAAGCACUGGUCAAGAGUUUUCUCAGUAUACCGAACAUGAGAAAAGGGCAUGGUCUGUUGAUUUUUCUCUGUUGGAUCCCAUGAAGUUGGCUACUGGAAGUGAUGAUUGCUCUGUAAAAUUAUGGAGCAUAAAUGAGAAAAAUUCUUUGCAUACAAUCCGGAACAUUGCAAACGUGUGCUGUGUUCAGUUUUCUGCUCACUCAUCCCAUCUGCUGGCCUUUGGGUCUGCUGAUUACAAGAUAUAUUGCUAUGAUCUCCGUAAUGCUAAUGCUCCAUGGUGUGUGUUGGCUGGUCAUGAGAAAGCUGUUAGUUAUGUGAAGUUUGUUGACUCUGCGACCCUUGUUUCUGCAUCAACGGAUAACACAUUGAAGCUUUGGGACCUUAGCAAAUCUAGUGCUGCUGGGUUGUCCAACAAUGCUUGCAGCUUAACCCUUGGGGGGCAUAAGAAUGAGAAGAAUUUUGUGGGCUUAUCCGUUGGUGAAGGGUACAUAGCUUGUGGUUCAGAAACAAAUGAGGUCUAUACUUAUUAUAAAUCUCUUCCUAUGCCAAUUACCUCACACAAGUUUGGCUCAGUCGAUCCAAUAUCUGGAAAAGAGACUGAUGAUGGCAAUGGGCAGUUUGUUUCCAGUGUGUGCUGGAAAGGAAAAUCUAAUGUGCUUGUUGCUGCCAACUCCAGUGGAUGUAUAAAAGUGUUAGAGAUGGUUUAAGGAUUCAUAACUAUAAAACCAAUUGAGAAUCUAGCAUGUCUCCGCGCUCCAUCUUAUUCUGUAUUGGAGUCCUCUGGUGACUGUUGCUGUGAAGGCGACUUGAUAUGAUCAUGCAUUCUUUUGUCAUGAAGCCAAAUCACAUUCUUUCUCAAUCGGUGGGCUGGACCGGCCAGUAGCAAAAGUUUAUGGGCUGAAGGGUUUCUCAAGUAUUCUCAUAAAAUGCAUGUGUUGAAGAGAGAUGGAAGAGACUAUAUGCUUGAGCUUGAGUUCAUGUUCAUUGAUCAUGGCCCCGAUUGCUCAGGAGUACAUUUGAUUUCGACUCAAGACUGCUUAUUCCUGAUGGAUACAAAGAGUGCAUUACUGGUCAGGGUUCAUCAAAUGUGAAUCAGGGGCUUUAUUAAAUCUCGUGAACGUUUAAAGAGCGCAGACCUUCGAUCUUAACAGUGGCUGAAUUUUUGGAGGAUUUAGAAGGCUUGACCAGAGGUAACUUUUUAGUAUGAUUUAUCUCCUAGAAACAUGGAAAUCUGAUUUCCUCAAUUUUGAAUUUCUGUUCAAACCUGAAGUAUAUGAAAUAUUAAUGCUUUACCUUGUAGCUUUCUAUAUAGAGUUGUUUUCUUAAUUUGUAAAUGGGUAUUUGUUUUUCUUGGUAGUCACGAGUCUUAUUUAUUGACACUUGGCACUAAAGGAAAAUUGGCUUUAUUGAUGGGAUGUAAUGUACAGCAACCAUGAAUUUGCUUCAUACAUCUCCAACUAUAGGUCUAGCCGUAAUCGAUCCAAAUUUCCGGCUGAGAGGAUCACCUGAACCGGUUGAUUUCCUUCACCAAACUACUGAAGGGAUUGACUAUUCAGGGUUCCCCCAGGGCAUUCUAGUAAUCAGCAGACAUGCUAAUAUGUGAUGUGUAGCAACUCCUCUGUUCAGGUUAAGAUACAAACAGCAUGAGCUGCAUGACUGUAAAAUAGAAAUCCGUAUUUAUGUAAUUUUAUAGGAGAGAUUAAACUAGGAUAAAGAAAUUGUGUAUAUAUUGAUGUCAAACUACAUUGCUAAUUUGUAUGAUUGUAUCAUUUCUAGGCGUCAAACAAUUUAUCACACCUUUGAUACCCAUAUGGGCAUUAGGCCGUACCCCUUUAUCACCUACUGAAGUCGUACUAAUACGAAAAUUUAAUUCCAGUAGUCCCAGUUAUGAAUAAUCUUCUUUCAUUGGUCUCA